AUGUUGCGUCGAACGCGACUGGACAUAAGUGGUCGCUGGCGAUCGUUCUCUUCGUGCGCCUCCUCCGACUCCCUACUCGCGUACGGCGCCCGCAUCUUGCGCUGCCCAGACCCACACGAGAAGGUUUCGCUUACUUCCGAGUGCCAAACCCGCUGGCUGUCCGAGAACCUUCCAAUCUACAGCGAGUCUCAAUGGGGAGCCCACAUCCCUCCGCCGCUCCCUGCUCGCGGUCCCAAGCCCGAACUCUUGCCCCCUAAAAAGAUGCCCGGCAUGAAGCAAUUGCAGACUCAAGCCAGUAUCCCCGUUAUCAUGCUCCACGCAUUGGCGCACAUCGAAUUAGGAGCAAUCGACAAUUACUGGGACACCAUCGUCCGCUUCGACCCGAUUAAACACCAGCUGCCUCGCGAGUUCUACGACGAUUUCCUGAAGGUCGCAGGUGACGAAGCUCGACAUUUCGCUAUGGUAGACGACAGACUGAGGGAAUUAGGCUCCCACUACGGGGCCCUCCCGGCCACUAGAGCGUUAUUGGAACACGCAGCUAAUACAGCAGCAGACUUGGUUGCGAGGAUUGCGGUAGUGCCGUUAGUGCAAGAAGCAAGGGGACUGGACUCUGGAGAUCGGUUAGUUAGUCGGAUUAAAUCCAUGGGGGACAAGAAGUCAGCCAAAGUGGUGGAGCAGAUUGUCUUUGAGGAACGGGACCAUGUCAGAUGUGGCAUCAAGUGGUUCCAACAUCUCGCCAACGUGCAGAGGAGAGAGGACCACGUCACAUAUUUCCAGGAGCUGGUACUUCAGUUCUUCCCGGACGGACUACCAGGUCCGUUCGACGUGGAAGCGAGACUUGCUGCCAACAUGGGGACGGAGUGGUACCAAGCUCUGGAGAGUAAGGUCGCACACUCUGUCGCAGCCUUCGCUGCUAGCAAGAAGAAGGUGAUUCUAGCCGGAUCAGUGUGGCCAGAACGCACGAGCUCUGCCGCUGGAGUGCGCAGUGCUGACAUUAUCAGUGUGCUACAAGAACGAGGAUUCCAGGUGCUGUGUGUAUCUCCCAGUCGUCUGAAUGGGCACACAACACGGCUGGAAGAGGAGCAAGGAGUGCGCUGCAUGCAGGCAGACGCAAACACGGACGUGUUCCAGAAGGUACUGUUAGAAACGAUGCCCCAGCUCGUGGUGUUUGAUCGUUUUAUUGCAGAGGAAAUGUACGGGUGGCAAGCAAAGAAAUACGCACCCGAAGCUCUAAGAGUGCUGGACCUGCAAGAUGUUCACUUUAUCCGCCGUGCUCGAGAGUUUGCAGUGAAGAAACAAGGUGUGAACUUUGAAGAUACGUUGGAUGGAGCGCAGCUGAACAUUGAUCCAGUUGAGAAGCUUGCUAUCCGUGAAUUGGCAUCUAUCCACCGCUCCGAUCUGACGCUGUACGUGUCGGAAUUCGAGCGUGACUUGCUGGUCUCCCGGUUCCAGAUAUCUGAUGUGAGUCUGCAUCGAUGUGACUUUUUCUAUCCAGAGAUCGAGACCUCAAAGCUACGACCUUUUCAGGAUCGCAAGGAUAUCGCCUUUAUUGGAAGCUUUAAACAUGCACCCAAUGUCGACGCAGUCGAGUGGACCAAGAAGACGAUUCUCCCGUUGUUCCGCAGGAUUGGAGGCGAUGCGGAGAUCCACAUCUAUGGAUCUUACGGCGAGACUAAGCGCUUUACUAAGCUAGAGGACCCCGUACAAGGUUUCUUCAUGAAGGGCUUUGCUCCUGAUGCGCAUGAGAUGCUGAGCCAGUAUCGACUGAGCAUCGCGCCGCUACGGUUUGGUGCAGGUAUCAAGGGUAAAAUUGCAGACAGUUGGUUCGUCGGGACGCCAUGUGUGAGCACGUCGAUUGGCGCCGAGGGUAUGACAUUGGAUAGUGUUCCUUGGGGAGGUGUGAUUGCCAAUGUUCCUCAGGAUUUUGCUACCGAGAUGCAGCGUCUGUACAGUGAUAAACCCAAAUGGAGCGCUGCGCAAGGUGCUGGUGUAAAUACGUGUUUAACGUCCUACAAUCGUUCGAACAACGCUGAUAGCUUGAUGGAACGCGUUGAGCGCUUGAUGCAGGACAAACACGCAUUACGACUGGAGAACUGGAUGGGGCGCAUUUUGUGGUCCGAGAAAUUCCGCGCGACUGAGUACAUGUCCAAAUACAUUCGUGGGAAGAGCGAAAGAGUAGACAAGAUAGAGAAAUAG